AUCGUUAUUAAGCAACGGCAAGCGCCCGGCGCACUCGCGCGCAUGCGCAGACAUAUUCCCGCCAAGCGCGAAACGCGCGAACGCGUCCUACAUAUAUAUUUUUUUUAUAAUAAAAAGAGUUUUAAUAUGUUCUGAUUUUUUUUGUAAUAGAAUUCAAUUAAAUAUUACAAGUGCUGUGGGAUGUGUCACCAUGUGGUUGUUUGGCUUGCUGUUGUUAGUCAGCGAAAUAAACGCGUUUAAUGUCAGCCUCACAGGUUUUAACGAUGCGUGGUCGGUGCACUACCCUCCUCGCAAGUCGAACGUGCGUCGUCAGCGCGCCUACCCUCCGUCGAUGCCGUUCCCGUGUCACGACUCCGUUUCGUGGGGCCGCAGCAGACAGGUCCCUACCUCCGUGCACCGCCUGAGACCAGGGGAUAUCGACGUCGUGGCAGCGAUCGGAGACUCCUUGGUGGCGGGGAGCGGUGCUUUAGAAGAAUUCGCCCUCGGAGCUUUCGUUGAAUAUAGAGGAAUAUCUUGGUGUGCAGGCGGUGACAGCACCUGGCGCGAGUUCCUCACUCUCCCCAACAUCCUGAAGGAGUACAACCCUCAGCUGCGAGGGUACUCAACGGGGACGGGCGAGUGGCUCGCAAAAAACUCGCGACUGAACGUGGCCUUCCCCGUCGCCUCCGACCAGGACGCCUACAAACAAGCUAAGAUCCUGGUGGCCAGGAUGCGUUCGUCUCCGGACGUGGACAUGAGCCAUCAUUGGAAGAUGGUGACAGUGUUCAUAGGGGCCAAUGACCUAUGUUCAGCCUCGUGUCUGUCCCCGGUGGCGUGGUCGCCGGCCGCUCACGCCAGGAAACUGGCGCGGGCCCUGGAUUACCUCCACCAACACCUACCGCGGACUAUCGUCAACCUUAUACCGGUGUUAGACGUGUCGGUGUCGGUGCGCGUGCUCCGGCCCCUGAUGUGUCGUCUGAUGCAUCCCUUGUUCUGCACGUGUUUCCACCGCGGCGGCGGGGAGCUGCGGGACCUGGUGCGCCAGGCCCGCCUCUACCAGGACGCGGAGAUGGCGCUGGUGGAGAGCGGCCGCUACGACUCCCGCGCGGACUUCACGGUGGUGGUGCAGCCGUUCAUGCGUCUGUUCAACGCGCCGUCGUCGGAGCCUCCCCUGCCGCUCGUCAUACACCAGUCCUACAUCACACACGACUGCUUCCACUUCUCCCAGAAGGGACACGCGCUGGCUGCGAACCUGCUGUGGAACAACCUCCUGGAGCCGGUGGGGAACAAGUCUUCUCCGUCGCCGCCGUCGUUGAUGAAGACGUUCCGCUGUCCGUCCAGGCGCGCUCCGUUCAUCUUCACCAACUUAAACUCCAAGGAGUUCCUCCUCACCGGCUCGCAGCCCGGAGCGGAGGAUGACUACAAUCGAACUUGGUGACCGCUUACAACACAAACUCGUUACUUGCGUAACGUCAGACGCGUGACACUGACAGUUAGGGUUGAACUGUCACAUGUAGGAUAUGAAAACAUUACCUCAUUAAAAUAAGAAACUAAUGAAUAUCAUGCAUGUCGCUAGUGAAAUGAUAGGGCUUAUGUUGGCUCACAAUAAUAAUUUAUAAUUUGUUAGAACAAUGUAAUCUUUCAAUUUGGGAUUUUAGAAAAAUGUAAAUAUAGUGUUAAUAGUUUUGUAAAUAUAUUUAUUGUUUAAAAUUAUUUUGGUCGCAAAAAUUCACCAAAGUGUACUUCUCUGUCGUGGCUUUCUGUUACUUUGACAUACAUAUAUUAAUUAUCUCUCUUUCCUGGCUUCUGUACAUAUACGAGUAACCUUUUUUUAAUAUAUUUUAUAAAUUAGAUCAUAGACUAGAAAACUAGGAGGAACAAGUCUUUAUUUUACAAAUACUAUGUUUUAAUAAUAAGAUUUUUGAUUGAA